UCACCGCACGUACCUAUAUCUCCCACCAAUUCCAAUUGGAGCCUUGGUGAAAAACUGGUAGUGCUUUCUCAAAUAAUUUUACUAAAUACUUUUGUAGGAACUCUAGCUGGGUCAGAGGCACUUUAUGCAAGAAGAAAAUUGGUUUUAGUCCACAUAACAAAAUCACUAAAAAGUAGUUUGGAAUGCUAGGUUUCACUUUAUUCUGCAAAAAAGAAGAUGGAAGUAAUCUUCUUUUCACACAAUUCAAAUUCAAAUAAAAGGAAUAAAAUUUGGAUCCCGCCACCGAUGGUCUCUAUAAAUUAUUAAUUGUUUGUGACAAAUCUACAACCUAUUCCAGUGGUGUGCAUGAACUAAUUAAAAAAACUUUAUAUCAUGUAUGCUAACACAUCAGUAAUCUAUAAGAGCAAUAUUUUGGAUACCAAUGGCAGCUCUAGGUAUAAUUUGAGAUAUUUCUUUCUAAUAAUAUUACCCCCAUUAUGAUCUACCUUAACCUAGGCUUAAUUGUAGUUAAGUUGGGAAUUUCCAAUUCCCACCUCAACCAACCCAAGUUCCACAUUUGUUCCUAUAUUAUUGGUUGGAUUGAGUAAGAAGAUUUAGGAUGAGCUGAACCCAAAGUUGCAGCCCAGUGAUCAGCAUCUACUAGCUGUAGAACAACAACAACAGGUGAACUAAAACUACAGGAGUAUGCUAUGAUGAUCAAAGAUGAUGAAAUCAUUGUGGAGUGCAUUUUAGACAAAGCACUCAGUAAAUGAUGAUGAGAGCAGGGAGCUUUGCUUCAAAGAGCAGAAAUUGUAGACUGUCAUCAAGUAGUUUAAAUAGGACCCUCCAUGGAGUUGUUGUCCGAAAACGUCGCGAAGGAAUGGCGUACUUCAACCGCGAAUCGCGAGCAUUACUGGAGAUUUUAAACAAUUUGCAGAGAGCGGAAAAGCAAACAACUAUCGACCACAGCUUCUAUGAAUUUGGAUUGAUUCGAUACCAUAUUCAGGUUUCGCCAUCGGAUCCUGAAGAUAUACGCCUGUCAGUAUUAACACCGCCACUUUCGGCGGAUGCUUCAUACUCCAAUGGUCUACCUGAUUGCACAUUACAGGAUAUCAGAAGAAAAUACUCGAAUUUUGCAGAAGUUAUCGAACCUCCGAGAGAAGGCUUUCUACUUACUCUAAAACUCAACUUUGCUCGACUCCCUCGAGUCAAAGAUCGUGCCAAGGCUAUCAACGACGUCUCCUCGUUGCAGGCGGUUAUCUUGAGCUCGCAAUUGAAAGAUAUUUUGUGGAAUCUUGGUUCAAAAGAAAGAGUUCAUGCGACUUGUAAGCCUUUCAAGCUUGUGUAUCACCCGCAGGAGCCCUUCUUUGUCAGCAGAGCGCCAGAAAAGAUAACCGCAAUCUUUCCCAUGUGUUUCAAGGAUAACUCCGAUGUGGUUCUCGCAACAUCAUUUUUCCAGGUAUCACCUCCACCACGACACGCUUUCUCAAAAGCACCGCGUUGCACGUGGUCACCGAUUCCCCCUGCGGAGCUGCGAGGAGAAAAUUUCGAAUACCUAACUACAAAUGGAGGAUUUGUGUCCGUCGAUGUCUUUCCGUACCAUGUCGAAGGGACAAAAGGAGACCAAACUGCAUGGAUUCUGCUGAACUUCAUUGGAUAUGUGAAAUAUCAUGUAAAGUGCACCAGAGGAUUCGUGCAAAGAAGGAUGAGGCAGCGCCUCGAGACUUUGGCCGAGGUCAUUCAACAAGCAAGGAUAAAAGGAUAUGUGAGCAACAAGAAACUCCAAAGUCGCAAGAAGGGGAGAAAAUUGAUGAUGGGUUUCUUGAAGCUGAAGAAGCUGAAGAAGGGGUGCAGCGUUUUCACCGAUCAAAUCAAACGGCUCAGAUCGCGGAUCAAAAUAAAGGGCUUCGAUCGCCUCCGUCGAAACUGGUUCCGAGUCCCCAGAAUCUCAGCAUCAAAAAAAUGCUCCAAAUUAGAUUAAAUUGAUAUAAAUUUCUCAAUUUCUUGUAUUUAAUUUCGAAAAAUUAUUCUACGUUUUGAUUUGUACCAAUCAAUUCUAUUGAGUCGCAUGCUGGAUCAAAUUAAGUACAGUAAUAAAUAAACAUAAAAUGAGAUAAUAUUGUGUUUAUAUA